CAUUUGUAUUUCAAAUAAAAAGAUAAAGAUAUUAAAAAAUAUAAUAAUGAACUUAUGUUAAAUAUGAUAUUUUCUAGGAAUGGUCCAAACUAAAAAAAUCACAAAUGAAAAGAAGUCAUGACUUCUGUUUUAAUAUAUAAGAUAGAUCCUAAUAUCAAAUUUCACAACUAAUAAAAAUAAAGGAAUAAGUUGCCAAACUAGGCAAUAGUAAUAACUCAUUUUCCAUAAUGAAAAGAUUAAAAUCAUUUUAAAUUUUACAUUGAAGUAUAAACCCAAGAAAAGAAAGAAAUAGCAGAAAAAAAUUCACACAAAAGAAAAAUUAAUUAUUUUUGGGAAUGUUAGGAAAUACAUUAUUUUUGGCAACUUAUAUAAUCUCACACAAAAGAAAAAUUAGUUAGUCAUUUAGUACUUGAUGAAAAAUAUUAAUUUAAACCACAAAAAGAACUCGUACGUUUUAUAAUUAGUAGUUUGCAGUAAAUCUUUUCAUUAUUAUAUAACUUUUCUUAACGUUAAAUCUUCUUAUUAUAUUAAGAUGGUGGAACUCGAGGCGAAUAUAAAACUAAACUUAGUGUCCAGUGUCCACCAAUGGAGAGCUCAUAUACUGACAUAAGCAGCACAAUCAUCGUCAGCAUUGACUAGAGGAAAUCGAUCUUCUUCCUUCUUCAUUAACGAUCGUUGUCUUCCUUUGCUGAAUCAGAUCGCUCCGUUGCUGUUCUUUCAUGCAGUUAGAUCACAGUCAGAAGGAAGAGGGAAAAAACAUAGUCAAGAUGACAGUUAGUGGAGAUAACUCGGAAACUAUAGGUAUUGCUCCAACCGAAAUGAUUUUUGAGUCGAUUUUGGAGGAUGGAGUUUUCCGGUUUGACUGUUCCGUGGAGCAUAGGAAAGCUGCAUUUCCAAGUGUUUCAUUUAAAAACAUCAAAGACAGGGAAGUUCCGGUUAUAAGUCACAAUGUUCCAGCAUAUACUCCUACUUGUGUUUGUCUUGAGGAGAAGCAAGUUGUUACUUUUGAGUUUCCUCCUGGCACGUCGUUUUAUGGGACGGGAGAAGUUGGUGGCGAGUUGGAGAGAACAGGAAAACGGGUGUUUACAUGGAACACUGAUGCAUGGGGAUAUGGCCCUGGAACCACCCCACUGUACCAGUCACAUCCAUGGGUGCUAGUUGUUCUUCCAACUGGAGAAACUCUAGGUGUUCUUGCUGAUACAACACAAAAGUGUGAGAUUGAUCUGAGGAAAGAGGGUAUCAUAAGAAUAAUCGCUCCAACAUCAUAUCCAAUUAUCACAUUUGGUCCAUUCUCUUCACCCACUGCUGUCUUGGAGUCCCUGUCGCACGCCAUAGGAACUGUUUUCAUGCCUCCAAAGUGGGCCUUAGGCUACCACCAAUGCCGUUUUAGUUAUAUGUCAGAGAAGCGAGUGGCUGAGAUAGCUCAAACAUUUCGUGACAAGAAGAUUCCUGCAGACGUGAUAUGGAUGGAUAUUGACUACAUGGACGGUUUUCGUUGUUUCACAUUCGACAAGGAACGUUUCCCGGAUCCUAGUGCUUUGGCAAACUAUCUACAUAAUAAUGGUUUCAAAGCGGUAUGGAUGCUUGACCCUGGAAUAAAGAAAGAGGAAGGUUAUUCUGUCUACGAUAGUGGAAGCAAAGACGAUGUUUGGGUUAAACAAGCAGAUGGGAAGCCCUUCAUUGGUAUUUCACUUUGGUGUUAUGUUUUUCAUGAUAUCUUGUCUUGUAUCUUGAUGUAUAUGCAGCAAAUUCCGGAAAUUUUAUGCUUGGUUUCAUUAGGUGAAGUAUGGCCUGGACCUUGCGUUUUCCCUGACUAUACAAAUUCCAAAACUCGGUCUUGGUGGGCUAGUUUAGUUAAAGACUUUAUAUCAAAUGGUGUUGAUGGUAUCUGGAACGAUAUGAAUGAGCCUGCAGUUUUCAACACAGUGACAAAGACAAUGCCUGAGAACAAUAUUCACUGUGGAGAAGAUGACCUUGGAGGUGUUCAAAACCACUCACACUACCACAACGUAUAUGGGACUUUGAUGGCAAGGUCAACUUAUGAAGGGAUUAAGCUAGCUGAUAAGAAUAAGCGACCUUUUGUAUUGACAAGGGCUGGAUUCAUAGGGAGCCAGAGAUAUGCUGCUACUUGGACAGGAGAUAACCUUUCAACCUGGGAGCAUCUACAUAUGUCUAUAUCCAUGGUGCUUCAGCUGGGGCUUAGCGGUCAGCCCUUAUCAGGGCCAGAUAUAGGUGGCUUUGGUGGCAAUGCAACUCCGCGGCUAUUUGGACGUUGGAUGGGCGUUGGAGCUAUGUUUCCAUUCUGUCGUGGCCAUUCUGAGGUUGCCACUGAUGACCAUGAGCCAUGGUCUUUCGGAGGAGAGUGUGAGGAAGUCUGUCGUGCCGCAUUGAAGAGGCGCUACCAACUGUUACCACAUUUUUACACCCUAUUUUACAUUGCCCAUACAACUGGUGCUCCAGUUGCAGCUCCAAUCUUUUUCGCUGAUCCGAAAGAUUUUAGACUAAGGACUGUUGAAAACGCCUUUCUCUUGGGUCCACUUCUCAUAUAUGCAAGCACUUUAAAUAAUCAGGGAUCCCAUGAAUUGCAUCACAUAAUGCCCAAAGGAACUUGGCUAAGGUUUGAUUUUGAAGAUUCACAUCCGGAUUUACCGACAUUAUAUUUACGAGGCGGAUCCAUUAUAUCAGUGGCUCCUCCACAUCUACAUGUUGGGGAGUUUACUCUGUCAGAUGACUUGACCCUACUUGUGUCAUUAGAUGAAAAUGGCAAAGCUGAAGGCCUCUUGUUUGAGGAUGAUGGAGAUGGAUAUGGCUACACUAAAGGAAAAUUUCUAAUCACAAACUACAUUGCUGAGAAGCAUUCGUCCAUUGUUACUGUUAAGGUUUCAAAAACUGAAGGAGAUUGGCAGAGGCCAAAGCGCCGUGUUCAUGUCCGGCUAUUACUAGGAGGCGGUGCAAUGCUUGAUGCUUGGGGAAUGGAUGGAGAGACUAUCAAGAUUAAUGUGCCUUCAGAACAUGAAGUUUCAGAAUUAAUAACCAAGAGCAAUGAGAGCUUCAAACUUCAUAUGGAAAAUACAAAAUUGAUACCUGAGAAGGAAAUGCUACCUGGACAAAAGGGAAUGGAACUUUCAAGAGUCCCAAUUGAGCUGAACAAUGGCAAUUGGAAACUAAAUAUAAUUCCUUGGAUUGGUGGAAGGAUAUUAUCCAUGUCACAUGUUCCAUCAGGAGUUCAAUGGCUUCAUAGCAGGAUAGAUAUCAAUGGCUAUGAAGAGUACAGCAGUACUGAGUACCGGUCAUCUGGAUGCACUGAGGAAUAUAAUAUCAUUGAGACGGAUUUAGAACAUGCAAGUGAAGAAGAAUCUCUUAUCUUAGAAGGUGAUGUAGGCGGUGGACUGGUUCUUCAGCGUAAAAUUAACAUACCUAGUGACAACCCCAACAUUCUUCGUAUUGCCUCUACCAUUGAAGCUCGAAGUGUCGGUGCUGGUUCUGGUGGAUAUUCAAGGCUGGCAUGCUUAAGAGUCCAUCCAACUUUCACUCUUUUUCAUCCAACCGAAUCAUUUGUGUCCUUCACAUCGAUUGAUGGAUUAAAGCAUGAGGUUUGGCCAGAUUCUGGAGAGCAAAUAUAUGAAGGAAACAACCUCCCACAUGGUAAAUGGAUGCUGGUGGACAAGAGCCUCAAUCUACAGCUGGUAAACAUGUUCGACGUUAGUCAGGUUGUCAAAUGUAUUGUCAACUGGGACAGUGGAACGGUUAACUUGGAGCUAUGGUCUGAGGACCGACCAGUUUCCAAGGAAACUCCUCUGGAAAUAGAGCAUGAAUAUGAAGUCACAAGUUUCCCAUAAUUGUACUGCAAAUGUGUUUAACUCAUUUCCUCAAUUCGCAAGAAUCUACUUGGCUACUUGUACUUGGGUCGUUCAGUUUUCUAUGCACUAAUAAGCGAAUCAGCAGUGUUUGUUUAAGCAUAACAUAUUAACAUAUAUAAGUACUAUUGGAAGUAGUGGGAUACUUUGAACCGUACGUUGCUGACAUGAAUAAAUAUGAGAAAUCUUUUUAUUAUAUUUAAGAUGAUAACAAUAUGAAAAAGAAAAUGAUAGUGGAAAUAAUCGUGAGUAAUAAAAAAGGAAGUGAGAUGAUCGAAUGGUAACUACAGUUUUGAAAAUAUAAACGAUAAGAAAUUUAAGUAUGGUACAAUGUAAUUGAGGUUUAUGCAGUUCAGAGAAUAAAUGCGAAUUUGCUAAAAAAAAAAGUGUGGUUUUGAUUGGAAAAAUAAUGUAAAAUAAAUUAAUUAAUACAAUCAGAAAUUAAAUUGUUUUCUUAGUGAUAAUGUCAUAAUAUUAUUCUUUUUAUUUUUAUUUUUAUAAUUUUAAAUAUAUAAAUAAAUUUGAAAUAAAAUUCUAAUAUAUAUAUAAUUAUACAGUAUACAAUAUAUUAUAUUUUCUGUUAAAAUAUUGAGGGUUUUUGCAAAUAUGACUCAAAACUUGAAAUCAAAUACAAAACUAACCCAUAUUUUUUUUGAACUUUGAUUGUCUCUUUCACCUCCAAAGUUCAGAUUAUUCACAAAAAUGCCAUCACGUUUUUUCGAAAAUGAAUAUUUUACUCUAUCAUCCUCAUCUUCCUCAAAUAUUCACAAUAUUGUCAUUGCCAUCAAUACACCAACCACCAUGAACAACCAAUUUGAAUCUUUUAAUGCACCUAAAAAUCGAUUUACACUCUUUCUCAAUUAUUAUGAACUAAAAACAACAUCUCUUUUACUUUCUCUCUGUAUUCAUCCAAAAAACACAAGAUUUUGAUUUUAAAUUUGUUAUGGUUCAUAGAGCCAUUGAAGCUUACGAUUCUUGGUGGGUCACUUUUGUAUGAGAUUCUGGGUACUUGGAGAAGACUUAUGUGUGCUAAACAAUUUAUCUCACCGGUUGAAACUAUGAAAUCAGUUUUUUUCCCAGAUCUGUUUGUCCAGACGACUUACCGUCUGGCUGUAGACGACUUACAUGGAAGUCGUCUGGCUGUAGCCGACUUACAUGGAAGUCUUCUGGUCAAUGCAGAGGUUAGUUUUGCAAUUGAUUUUUAAAUGUGUUUUUAUAGACGACUUACAUGGAAGUUGUCAAUCUUUGUUUGUUAAAAAAAAAUUCGAGACGACUUCCACGUAAUUCGUCUAGGGUAAACGGGUUAGUUUUGCAUUUGACCGGAUCGUGUCAUAAAUUUGACUUUUCCUGGACGUCUUCCAAUAGAAAAUUAAUAAAUCAAUAUUUUGUUAUAUCUAGACGACUUACAUGGAAGUCGUCUCAGGUUAGUUUUGCAAUUGAAAAAUAAAACAAAAAAAAUUAUUUUUUGUAGACGACUUACGCAGAAGUCGUCCGUCUGACGACUUACAUUGAAGUCGUCCAUGAUUUUACUCCGAGAUUCUGGUUAAACCUUACUUAUCUUGGACGACUUCCAUGUAAGUCGUCGGACGGACGACUAACCUGAGACGACUUACAUGAAAGUCGUCGGUAUAACAAAAUAUUGAUUUUUAAAUUUUAAUUAAACGACUUACGUGUAAGUCGUCCAGGAAAUGUCAAAUUUCUGACACAAUCCGGUCAAAUGCAAAACUAACCCGUUUUCUCUCGACUUUCCAUGUAAGUCGUCUAGGUUGAAAAUCAAUUGCAAAACUAACAUAAAUGGACGACUUCCUAGAAGUCUGCCAGACGACCUCCGUGGAAGUCGUCUGCGUCAAUGUUUAAUAAACUUUCAUUUUUUUCUAAAAUUAUAAAGAAUUUUUAACAUGUUCUUUGUAAUUCAUGUCUACUUUUUUUUUUUGAUCAAAUUUUUUUUUUAAAAGUUAAUUCUUGUCUAAUAAUCAAUAUUUUAGCUACUGAAUUAAAUUUAUAACUUAAUUCGUGAUAUUUAUGAGGUUACCAACAUUCAUGUUUAUUAAAGUUUUUAGCUGAUCCGAGAAGAUUUCCGUGGAACUCUUCUACGCUAGUUUUUGAAUAACUUGUAUUUUUAAGAGUAUUAAGUAACUUCAAAAUAUGUAAAACUCAUAUUUUUAAAAUAUGUAUUAUGCUUUAGUUUUACUAAAUUUGACUAAGUUUUUCAACACAAAAUUGUAAAAAUUGUGAUAUGUUUUGAUUAGUUACUAUUGUUUGUUUCCAUCUUAAGCAUGCACCAAUGAUGAUUAUUGCUAUGAGUGGGUAAAUAUUUGUUUUUUAUAAUGUUGUAUCAAUGACUUAAGUACCAUUAUUGUUAUAUGCAUCAAUGAUGUUUUUUGCUAUGAGUGAGUAGAAUGGUUAAAAUGAUUCUUAAUAUAUUGUAUCAAUGACUUAAGUAUCAUUAUUGUUAUAUGCAUCAAUGAUGUUUUUGCUAGAAGACUUCUAAUGAAAGUGUUAUAUCUUUGAACUUAUGUAAUGAUUUAUCUUUUGUGAAUUUGACUAAGUUUUCUUGAGAAUUCUUCUCCCUUAGUUGUAAUAAAUUUGAUCAAUUUCUUUCUGUCAUUGUGUGUUUGCUAUUAAAGUUGUAUCAACAACUUCAAUUAUGUCAAAUAAUUUUGGGAAGAUAAUAUUGUGGAAUAUGAACAUAUUUACCAAUUUUUUUAUUAAUAUCUUUUCAAAUUUACAAAAAAUAUCACAACUAAAGGAGUACACAUGCAAAUCACAAACCAGACCAGAAACAAAACUAUUAUAGAUCGUUCCUCUACAAAGACAAGCUUGGACUCCACUUGAUAUGGAAGAAGACUCCCUCAGAAGACUUCCUAGAAGUCUUUUUGCACAUUAUAUUUUAGAAAACUUUGGAAGACUUAUGGGAAGUCUUCUCGUAAGUCUUCUAAAAUAUAAUGCGCUAGAAGACUUCCGAGAAGUCUUCCAUAAGACUUCCGAGAAGUCUUCCAUAAUAUUUCCGAGAGGUCUUCUAGCGCAUUAUAUUUUAGAAGAUUUCCGAGAAGACUUCCCAUAAAUCUUCCAAAAUCUGCUCCAGAUUUGAAAAACCUGCGUAUCAGAAAAAUGUUUAAAUGACUUAAAAACAGAGAAAAUGAGUGGAAGAUUAUAUAGAUCUACGUUUAUAGAACACACAAAGUACAUAUCUAAAGGGAAGAUGAGAACCAUCUGGUUAAAACAUGCAACUAAAAGAUAGAUUAAUGAGAAAGACAUGAGACAAAAAUGAAAAAUUCAUAUAAAGUUUGGUGUUUUCAAGUAAAAGAGAUUAGAAUGGGUAUGGAGAGUUUUAGUUUGAGAAAAAGGUAAGAACUUUAUGCAACAUGAAGUUACCAAAUGAAGAAAAAUCAGACAUAAGAACUUACCGAAACGCUCAAAUCUGUUAUGAAAGGGAGACAUGUGAGAAGACUUCCAGGUAAGUUAUCCUGGAAGUCUCCUAGCGCAUUAUAUUUUAGACGACUAACAAGUAAGUCGUCCCAUAAUUCUUCCAGAUCUGAAAAACCUGCAUAUCCAAAUCCAAAUCUGAAAAACCUGCAUAUCCAAAAACGUUCAAAUGACUUAAAAACAGAGAAAAUGAGUGGGAGAUUAGAUAUAUCUACCUUUAUAGAACACA